AUGCUGAUUGGAAUUGGUAGCUUCAGCUCUGUAUAUAAAGGCAUUCUUGAUCAGAAAGAAAAUCCAAUUGCUGUGAAGGUUCUCAAUCUCCAGCAAAAAGGAGCUGACAAGAGUUUCAUUGCUGAAUGUAAUGCAUUACGAAGUGUUAGGCAUCGAAAUCUUGUUAAGAUCUUGACUUGUUGCUCUAGCAUAGAUUACAAUGGCAAUGAAUUCAAGGCUCUAGUCUUUGAGUAUAUGUCCAAUGGAAGCCUAGAGAAGUGGUUCCAUCCAAUGAAUAAUGAUGAAAACCACUCGACACGUCUGAACCUACUUCAAAGACUGAAUAUCUCAAUGGAUGUGGCUUCUGCAAUUCACUAUCUUCAUGAUGAUUGUGACCAGCCAAUCAUUCACUGUGACUUGAAGCCUAGCAAUGUUCUUCUUGACAAUGAAAUGGUUGCCCAUGUAACUGAUUUCGGAUUCGCAAGGUUGAUCUCAAACACAACCAGCUUCUUGAAUGCUCAAACUAGCACAACUGGAAUGAAGGGAACAAUUGGCUAUGUCGCUCGAGAGUAUGGAAUGGGUGGAGGGCCAUCAAGAGAGGGUGAUGUAUAUAGUUAUGGCAUCCUUGUAUUGGAAAUGUUCACUGGAAAGAGACCCACCGAUGAAAUGUUCAAAGAUGAUUUCAAUCUUCAUAACUUCGUUAGGACAGCCUUGCCAGAAAAACUUGUGGAAAUAGUGGACUCUUCUCUUCUCCCUAGAGAAGCAGAACAAAAUGCAUUGAUGAUAAGAGAAUUAGAUGCAAGAAAACAACAACGACAAUAUGGGAGACGUUGA